UUGUUGUGGAUAUUGGCUUACAGAAUAAAUCAUUAAGCAAAAUGCAAACCUGUUACAGCUAAAUUAUGAAAUCAAGUACCACCAAUCUAAAAUCAAAUGACAAGGAGUAACAAUACAACUAAAUAUACAUCAGGUUUAUUUGAAGAACACAGCUGAUUUGCUUCAUAGGUUAGUAUGGUGGUUACCAGCCCAGCCAGUUUCAAGUUCCCUCCCUGCCCCAACCAGCAUGUGAAUUUAGACAAAUCUCUUAACUUCUCUGUGCCUAAUCCCUCCCUGGCUUGUACUUUAUAAUGUACGUAAUAGUAUUUUCUGCUCGUAGAUUUGUGAAGAAUAAAGAAGAUAUCACAUGUACCAUCUUCAUAGCAGUGAUUCUGUAUUGCAAGUGUCCUUUAAAGGUUUUUUAUUCCAUUCAUGGAAAUCACUUAGCAAAAGAAAAAAAGAAAAGAAAACUUUAAUUCAAUGUUUCUAAGUGGGAAUUAAUGGUCGGCAGAGCACAGUGGAUUUCAGUGGACAAGAUACAUAUGACCCAUGUCUCAUCUUCCCAUGCAGGACCCUCUGGAUCUGAAGACAAAUAUCAGUCACCAGGAACUGAGAGAAUGCCCUCCAGGGAAUUAACAAUAGGGAUGAUCUUCUUAUCACAGACAACAUUGGGAAUCCUGGGGAAUUUCUCUCUUCUUUACCAUUAUCUCUUCCUCUAUUUCACUGGGUGCAAGUUAAGGUCCACAGACUUGAUUCUCAGGCACUUGACUGUAGCCAACACCUUGGUCAUUCUCUCUAAAGGAAUCCCCCAGACAAUAGUAGCUUUUGGGUGGAAAGGCUUCCUCAAUGAUUUUGGAUGCAAACUUGUUUUCUAUGUUCACAGAGUGGGCAGGGGAGUGUCUAUUGGCAGCACCUGCCUCUUGAAUGUCUUCCAGGCCAUCACCAUCAGCCCCAGGAAUGCCAGGUGGACAAAACUUAAGGUAAAGUUUGCCAAGUACAUUGGUCCCUCCAAUAUCCUCUGCUGGAUUCUGCAUAUGCUGGUAAAUAUGAUAGUUCCUAUCCAUGUGACUGGCAAUAGGAGCAAUAAAACCAUCACAAAGAUAAAAGAUUUUGGAUACUGUUCUGUACUUCGUGACAAAACCACAGGCUUACUACAUUCAGCAUUGUUUUCAUUCCUUGAUGUUGUGUGUUUGGGACUCAUGUCCUGGACUAGUGGCUCCAUGGUUUUCAUCCUGCACAGACACAAGAAGCAGGUCCAACACAUUCACAGGAACAACCUCUUCCCUAGAUCUUUCCCUGAGUCCAGAGCCACUAAAACCAUCCUUGUUCUGGUAAGCACCUUUGUGUCUUUUUAUACCCUCUCCUCCAUCUUCCAAGCUUGUGUGACUCUUUUUAAUAAUCCAAGUUGGUGGCUAAUAAGCAUCUCACCACUGUUUGUUGCAUGUUUCCCAACUGUCAGCCCCUUUGUUCUCCUUAGCAGUGACUCCAGUGUAUCCAGGCUCUGCUGUGUGAGCACUGGAAAGAAAACACAAUUCUCUCAUCUCAUCAAAAAAAUAUAAAUUGUUUAUUUAUCACUGAGUUCAGUUAUUGAUUUACU